AUGAUUACAUCUGCUGAAGCAGUUGAAGCUAUGGUAGAGGUUGUUCCUUGGGAAGAAGUUCCUGAGUCAUUGGAGCAUAAGAGAAUUGAUUACUUGGCAGAAAGGAAAAGGUCACUGCGAGCCCGUUAUGCAUAUGGCAUAAUCUUCUUAAUCACAAAUCUUUGGGCUUGGUUUGUUCGUGACUAUGCGCAAAGGGUUUUACCUGAGCUCCAUUAUAUGAAAUCUUGUGGAUCUGGCGGAAAUGACUGCUUUCAUACACUGGGAGUUCUUCGUGUGAGUUUAGGAAGCUUUAUAUUUUUCUUUCUAAUGUUCCUCACUACAUCUAAAACAAGAAAACUAUGGGAAGCUCGCAAUGCAUGGCAUUCUGGAUGGUGGGGAUUGAAGUUUUUCAUAUUACUAAUAUCGAUGGUGGUUCCACUCUUCGUUCCUUCAGAUUCUCUUCAAUUAUAUGGUGAAUUUGCUCGUAUUGGUGCAGGGAUUUUUCUCCUUCUUCAACUUAUAAGUGUGAUCCAGUUUAUUAAUUGGUGGAAUAAGUACUGGAUGCCCGAUGAGCAAAAGAAGCAGAGCUGCUCCCUUGGAUUAUUCAUGUCUACACUGUUUUACAUUGCUUCGAUGAGUGGAAUUGCAUUUAUGUACUUAUCACAUGCGAUGAAAUCCCCAUGUAUUCUCAACAUAUUUUUUAUCACAUGGACUACAAUUCUACUUAUUGUAAUGAUGGUUAUAUCGCUACAUUCGAAGGUAAACAGAGGUCUUUUAUCUUCUGGAAUUAUGGCUUCAUACAUUGUUUUCCUAUGCUGGUCUGCUAUCAGAAGUGAACCUGCCAAUGAGGAAUGCAACAGACAAAAACAAGGGAAUGGGAAUNGGGAUUGGAGUACAAUACUAGGCUUCCUGAUUGCAAUAUGUUCUAUUGUUAUGGCAACCUUUUCAACUGGGAUAGAUUCGCAGUCAUUUCAGUUUCAAAAAGAUGAAGUUCAAGAGGACGAUGACAUCCCUUACAAGUAUGGAUUUUUCCACCUAACAUUUUCCCUGGGGGCCAUGUAUUUUGCAAUGCUAUUCAUCAGUUGGAACCUCAAUAACUCAGCUAAGAAGUGGAGCAUUGAUGUUGGGUGGACUAGUACAUGGGUAAAAAUUGUCAACGAAUGGUUUGCAGCUUCAAUAUUUAUAUGGACGUUGAUUUCCCCGGUUCUGAGGCAGUCCGAAGUCAUGGAUCAUGAAGAGCCUGUGCAGGAGAUUGAUAACUCAGCUGUGCCAUGA